AAUAAUCGUAGAGAAGUUUCAUUUCCUUUUGGAAAAGCAAAGUUUCCUGCUUUCAGGAAGGUCAGAUCACUUGUGUGUUGUAAGCAUGUCAACCUGAAAGCAAAAUCUCUAAGAGAAACUAAGCAGAAUAUCGAUGGCUUUCUUUACUGCAGGUCAGCCAAUGUCCCUGGAAACACAAAUGUGCCUGCUGGCAGUAACCGUCGACUUCAGCAAACUCAGCAUCAAGUAGAUGAGGUUGUUGACAUCAUGAGAGUGAAUGUGGACAAGGUGCUGGAAAGAGAUCAGAAGCUGUCAGAGUUGGAUGACCGUGCUGAUGCACUGCAAGCAGGAGCUUCCCAGUUUGAGACCAGUGCAGCCAAGCUGAAAAGAAAGUAUUGGUGGAAGAACUGUAAGAUGUGGGCAAUAUUGAUAGCUGUUGUUGUCAUUAUCAUCAUCAUCAUUAUUGUCCUGAGCGUGCCCAAAUGAGUCACGGGAGGAAACCCUCACACCGAAGGUGCCUUUCCUCAGCCUUCCCGCUCCAAGCCCGCUGUACUCUCAGCCCAUCUACUGCUGUUUAAAGCGAAACUCUUCUGAUGAUUGAAACGUUAACUUUA